AUGAGAAGCAGCGGUUUGGUUAUGUUUGUAUGUGCCGGACUAUUGCUUAGUGGCGGCGCUGUUCUCGGCGGAGCAACGGCUUUCAGCCUACUUUGCAUGUCCUAUUAUUUUUGGACCACGGACCUGGGUGCGGAGCUAGGUGCCAGUAUUCUAUUUAUUGCUGGAGCCUUUUUAUGUUUACCUUCCUGUUGGCUCGCGACUCUAGUGCCAUACCACCCUAAAUCUAUAUCAAUUACAGCUGCGCUAAUGUUGCCAGUCACAACAUCUACUAUACUUUUGUCCAGCGGGAUGUCAGCUAUCACAGGACUGUCGAAAGCGGCUCGGGAACCGGCCACCGUCAAUGCGAGCAUGCUACGCGCAAUGGCACAUGAAAUGUUCGAUCCGGCUGUGCGGAGUGCUUUUUCUGCCAUGCAAAUUGAGCUGAAGUGUUGUGGAGUUCAAUCGUACACUGAUUGGUACCAGCAUCGUUGA